AUGAAGAGCUCCAGCAACCCGGCACCGGAAAAGCACGAGGACCAGGAUGACCAAUUCUUCUGGUCAUACACCGAGGAGCCUCACCGUUCCCGUCGUAUGGCUAUCAUCAAGGCCCACCCCGAGGUGCUCAAGCUGUGCGGACCCGAGCCAUUGACGAUUCCUCUCGUUCUUGCCGUAGUAGCCCUUCAAUGCACCUGCGCCUACCUCCUCAGCAACACUCCUUUCUGGUCAUGGCGCUUCUGGCUCACAGCAUACGUGAUUGGUGCUACUGCCAAUCAGAACCUCUUCCUGGCUAUCCACGAAAUCUCGCACAAUCUCGCCUUCAAAUCCGGCCUAGCCAACCGCCUUCUCGCCAUUGUCGCCAACUUGCCCAUUGGCAUCCCGUACUCGGCUUCUUUCAGGCCUUACCACCUUACCCACCACAAGUCGCUCGGCGUCGAUGGCCUCGACACUGAUCUCCCCACCGCUCUCGAGGCCUUCUUCCUUGACUCGAUCGCUGGCAAGGCCUUUUUCUGCACAUUCCAGAUCUUGUUCUACGCUCUGCGACCUAUGAUGGUCUACCAGAUCCCUCUGACCAAGAUCCACGCCCUCAACAUUGCUGUCCAGCUCUUGUUCGACUAUGUUCUGAUUCAAGCGUGGGGAGGAAAAGCAGUAGGAUACUUCAUCUUGAGCAGUUUCCUUGCAGGAUCCCUGCACCCGGUAGCCGGCCAUUUCAUCGCCGAGCACUACGUUUUCGAUCGUGCUUCUCUUGAGAACAAGCAGUCGCGCGACCCCAAGAACCGUAUCCCGGUUCCCGAGACUUUCUCUUACUACGGACCCCUCAACCUCUUGACCUACAAUGUUGGCCUGCACAAUGAGCACCACGACUUCCCCGCCAUCCCCUGGACCAGACUUUGGAAGGUCAACGAGAUUGCCAAGGAGUUUUACCAGGACUUGCCCUACCACCGCAGCUGGGUUGGUGUCAUCUGGCAAUUCAUCUUGGACAAGGAAGUUGGUCUGUGGUGCAGAGUCAAGCGCAAGGAAGGAGGCAGAAAAGUUGGUGCUUGGAAGGAAGAAGAGAUUCAGAACUGA